GGUAUCGAGCCCCCGACUGCGUUAUUUUAUUAUUUUUUCUUCGUGAAAAAGGUUGGCACAAUUUCUUUCAUCCUUUUCGCUCGUUAUGAUCCCCGCCUCUUCUGCGACCUAUCAAAUCCAUUAGAUUGGUCGCGUAGAUAUUUCUUCAUCUGAUCCCGAUUACCAUGGUUCUUCCCCACCACUCCCGUAUCCGAGACUCCAUUUCAGGAGCCCGUGCCUAGCAACCUCCAAUCCGAGGUGGAGACGGUAAAUAGUUUCUUUCGGCACUCUAUGCUCAAUGUAGAGAAAGUGGUAAAUUCUCUCCUUCUCAUGCUGGGUUUUGGCUUGGCAGUUUCGAGCUUGCCCAUGACAAGUGUCCGAGAUUGUGGUGAUGAUACGGCAUUUACGUGUUUUGAGCGUAUUUACGAAUUUUCUUUUUUCCUCUUUUUUCGUUUACGUUUGGUUUUCUUACUCUUGUUUCUUUUUAUUCGUUGUGUCAGAGAUGAGUCUAUUUAGCAAGCUGAGGAAGAGGGUUGGUUCGAACGAGCCUACCGAGGCCUCCACACUAUGCUCCUGGUCACCCGUCAGAGGGGCGGAAUCCCCCGCUGCUACUCCAACGACCACUCUUGUGCUUGCGAAAACUCAGGGGCUUGGUGCGGCUCAUGGCAGGGCAAUCGAGAAGCGACCCGCUGCAAGCCAUCCUCCUCGGGAUCCCUCGGCCAAGCGACCUAUCAGUGUACCGAGACCCGUUGUUCCUACCAUUCCCGUUCCUUCUUCUUUUUUGGCGCCCUUGGAUGGGUAGCAAGACGAGCUCGUGGACUUCUAUGCUGGUCUCAUCUCUCCUCGGGAUCGAGAGUUCUUGCAGAACUUUUCCGAGGGUGCGAUGCUGGAGCGCACCUCCCGCUCCAUUGCCUUGGCCCAGUUGACGGGGUUCGUGGCCAACCGUGCCUCUGCGCUGAAGGGCGCUGAGGUCACCCCCGAAGUUGCUCAAGGAUGUGGAGACGGUGAACCAUAUAUGCAUGAAGCUUCACGACCAUAAUGAGCAGCUCAAAAGUAGCUCUAAGGCCUCGAAUGAGUCUCAUAUAGGGUCAUCGUCAUUAUCUCCGUCAUCAGAUGGUUCCAAAUUCACAAGACUGUUUGUCCCAAAGGAGUCUCAUAUAGGUUCAUCAUCAUCCAAAAUGUUCCGUCUCGUCCCACUCGACUCACCAACAAAUCCCCAUAAAUCACCACAGUUAAUUGUAUAGGGAUCUCUGUGCACCUCUCUUGCUCCACUAGUCUCAUAAUAGUUCUCGAACCCUAAGUUGGGGAUGUCUUGUUCGCCGCAAUAAAAUUGGGAAUCACUUAUGGUUGUGAAUAAUUUGGUUCAUUCAAAUCGAUUGCCUCUUCACUCACUUGUUGUGGGGCACUAUCAAUGUAUCUCGGUUCCUCAACAAAUACUUCGAUUGAGUUGUUCCCUUCUUCCGGAUCGAUAUACAUUUGUAAACUUUCAUUUGUUGUCAUCUUGGUAUUCAUUUCCUUCAUUCUUUCUCCAUUUAAAAUAUAUGAUUUACAACUCACUCUUACUCCAAACUG